AUGGCCGAUUUUUAUGAAAUACUUGAGGUGGAUAAAACGGCCACAGAAGAUGAAAUCAAAAAAGCAUAUCGUCGUUUAGCUCUCAAGUGGCAUCCAGAUAAAAAUCUUACAAACAAAGCUCAAGCAGAAGAAAAAUUUAAAUUAAUAUCUGAAGCUUAUGAAGUUUUAUCUGAUAGUCGUGGACGAUUUUUAUAUGAUCAAUUGGGUCCAUCAAUAAUUUAUAGCGAAAGAACAAACGAAGAACUUGAAGAAUUAUUUCGUGCAGUAAUUAUUGAUGAUGAAUUUUUAAAAGUUUGUGAUGAAGAAUAUAGAAAAUAUAGUAAUAAUGAACAAGAUACAAUAUUAUCAUUUUUAAAUCCAACAAAUCAAUAUGAUUAUGAAGAAAUUUCCUUAUUUGAUAAUGAAAAUGAUUUAAAUCCAAAUGUUGUUCAUGAAAUAAAUAUGUCAAUUCAUUAUGAUUUUCAAUAUGAUAAAAAUAGUUCAAAUUUAAAAUUUGUUAAACGACAUUUUAAUAUUAUUUCAGAAGAUAAUGAUUAUUUAACAAAAAAAAAUCGUUUUUCAAAUUUAAAUUUAUCUAAUGAUAUCGAUCGAUUUGUUAAAAUACAUGAUUAUGUUCAUCAUUCACAACAACCAGAACAACAACAACAACAACACAAUACAAAAAUACAUAGACAAGAGAUAAAUAAAGAAGUAAAUAAUAAACAAGAAAUAAAUCAAAAGAAAAAACCUUCUUUAAAACGACGACAAACAUUGAACGAUCAUUAUAGACGAACAACAAUAACACCAGUAGAUGAAACACAAUAUUUUGAUACAUUUGCAUUAACUCAACUUGUUGAACAACAAUUAGAAGCUGCUUAUCGUGCAACUACUUUGAAUAAUUUUAAUCCAAUUAAAAAUCAACCAAUUCGUGCACAACCAAUUAAUCGAGCUAAAUUUGUUCAACCACCAAUAUUGAUUCCAAAAUCAGAAGAAAAAUCUUUUCGUCAUCGUGUUGAUCAUAUUGAAUUUCCAAAAACAACUUUUCCUCGUCCUUUACGUAAAUCAUUUAUAUCUUAUGAUGAAAACAUUUCACAACCAAUUCAAUCAAAGAAAGAACGAGAAAGACUCUUAUUACUUGGUCAACAAAGUAUUAAAUCAUCAGCAGUUGCAUUGGGUGCACAUAAAAUUCCAGAUCAUGUUCAAUCAAUUGAUUUACUUGAAAUUCCAUGUAUACAAAAGAAUGGAAAACAAUUUCAAGAUUUUAAACUUAUUAGUUAUGAUACAUUUGAUCAUUGUCCAAUUUCUUCAGUUCCUUCAACUUCUACUCUUCGUCGUACAAAAUCAAUGAGAAAUAUUGAUAAAUCAAAUGAAAUAUCAAAUAAACAUUCAUCAACAAUUUCCGAUGAUAUGAAUUUACACAAUCUCUCGAAAAUUACAUCACCAUUGAAAACUAUUAAACGUAAUAUAUAUCAUAAAAAUGGAACAGCAAUUAAUAAUAAACAAGUAUUCAAAGAAAAGAGUAAAGAAGAUAAACGUCGAAAAUAUGAUCAAUUGGGUCGAGCUGGUUUAUCAAACGGUCAUGGUGGUGGUGGUGGUGGUUUUUCAUCUAGCGAUGUAUAUGGAGGAUUUUCAGAAGAUUUUCUUAAUCGAACAUUUCAUUUUCACAAUCCAUUCGAUAUUUUUGAACAGUUCAUGUCCCAUUUUGGCAUGGAUGAUGAUUUUGGUUUUGGUAUGCAUCCAUUUGCUGAUUUACAACGUCAUCGUCGUAAUCGAGAUCAGCAUUCCUCCACAUCAAGACGUGCACCACAGCAAAUGACUUUGUUCGAUAAUUUUUUUUCUCCAAUGAGAAUGUCUUUAUUCGAUCAUGAUUCAUUUGCCGGUGAUUUUGGAGGAAAUAAUAUGGGAACUGUUUCAUCAUUUAAUAUAUCAUUUGGUAGUGGCGGUUCUCGACCACUAUCGAAAAAAACAACUAAAUCUACUAAAAUGAUUAAUGGUCGACGUAUAACUACUACACGAGUGGAAGAAAAUGGUCAAAUAACAGAAAUAAUUGAAGAAGAUGGUCAAAUAAAAUCAAAGAAAAUCAAUGGAGUUGUACAAGCAAUUAAAUAA